UUCUUGUUGCAGCUUCAGGUCUCGUGCUCAUUUUGGAAUCAUUUUUCUUGUUUGGAAUGAAUGUAGGCCUAUUGAUAUUUACUUCCUGACUGAGAGCCUGGACAGAUUCCCAUUUCUCUGGCCGACAUUCAGAGACUGAAAGGAGCGACGUUACAGAAAUAUACACCUGAGUGAGUGAAGAUAAAGCAAAGGAGAGGUGAACAGGAGGAGGCAGUGUCAUGACCCCACGUGACCAGCUAAGGAAGAUAUCAGCGCUAGGAGAGCAAGGUGCCCUAGAUGAGAAACACUGGUACCGAUUGGUCAAUGGAAUGUCUGCUGGAGAGUUGCGCCAAAGGCAGGAGCUCAUGAUGAGGAACCAGAUGGCCAUGGCUCCACAGAUCUUGGCUCAGGGGCAGCAGAGACUGCAGGGUGUUCCUGCGCAGUUUGAUCCCCGCUUCAUGGAAAGAGAACUGGUGCAGCCCACUGAGAUGCUGUCAGCUGAUGGUAGACAAAUACACAUGGGUGCCCACCUCGGCCCACCUCUGCCCCAAAACUCCAAUGUUAUUCAAGGCAGGGGAUUCCCUGGCACAGGUUACAGCUUCCUUCCAACUGAAACCAUGGAGACAGUUGCCAGACGACAAGAGUUAAUUCACAAACAGAACAUAGCCAGGAUGGAAAUGAAUGCUAUCCUGCAUCAAAAAGAGUUGGAGAACGCCCACCAAAAGGGUCUUAUUGGUAUGGAGAAUCCCAUGAUGUACCAGGGCAUCCACCCCAAUCCAAUGGCCUUCAGGGGCCGCCAGCGACUCCCGGAUGGUCAUGAUGUAUUCGUCCACCGCGCCACACUUGAAGACCUGCAUGCUAACAGUCUCCUCAUGUCAAGCCCUUACCCACAGAUCAGCACACUGCAAAGGGAGCGAGGACGCAGGACAGGCAGGAGGGCCACCAAUCAUAAGAGCUCCGACAGCAACAUCACUCUCCCUAAAGGCCAAUCAGAAGAGAAGAACAUCGAGCAAAGUCCAGGAGGUGCAUCGGGGGAGGAGAAGGAAGUUGAAGGGAAAGGUGAAAUGAGCAGUGAGGCCACCAGCAACAAACCACACCAAACCAAAGUAGAAACAGAGCUGUCUUCAGCCAGCAGUAGGAAAAGUUUUAAGGAAGGAGAGCCAGGGAUUCGCAAGGCAUGUAUUAGUGGACAGGAGGGUUGUGCAGAAGUCAACAACUGCAAUGCCGGCACCAUUGACAAAGAUAUUUCCAACCCUUGCUCGGCUUUCCAAGAAAAGUUUCUGUACCCAUCUGCCGCCGGCCCUCUCACAGGGAUGCCCUACAUGCUGCCCGUGCCAGGAAAUGGACUUCUACCUCUUGGUCCUCCUAAUAUGUUUCUUAAUGGAGAAGAGAUGUCUGAUAUUCGCAAAUGGACAGUUGAUGACGUCUUCAACUUUAUCAGUGAAAUACCAAGCUGUGCUGAAUAUGCACAGACAUUCAAAGACCACAUGAUUGAUGGAGAGACUUUACCUCUUCUUACAGAGGAGCACCUCCUGGAUACACUUGGGCUAAAGCUUGGGCCGGCACUCAAGAUACGAUCACAGUUGUCCCGACGGAUGGGUAGCAUGUUCUACAACAUGAUGAACUUGCCCCUGCCUGUCUCUGGCCUGCAGCCUCCACCUGAGAAAAGUGGGGACAGAUCAUCAGACAUCAGCUCCCCCCUCAACUGCCACAGCAUGGAGCUUCUCAGCAGCCCCAGAGACACAGAGGCUCUUAAAUCUACGGAGCCUGUUAGUGAAGCAGAUAAUCUUGCUUCACCGACCCAGAUGAGUGAGACCACCUGAAAGAGCACAACUAU